UGCAAGAUCAAAAUCAUGGCAGGUCCAGAAACUGAUGCCCAAUUCCAAUUCACUGGUAUCAAAAAAUGUUUCAACUCUUACACUCUCACAGGGCGAAUGAAUUGUGUACUGGCUACAUAUGGAGGCAUUGCUUUGCUGGUUUUAUACUUCAAGUUAAAGCCUAAGAAAAAUCCAGCUGUAAAAGCAACAUAAAAGGAUUCUAAACUGUACCUCAUCUGUAAUUUCCCCUACCUGGAGAAGCUAAUGUCAACUCAUCAUGUGAUACUCAAUUUGUACAAUAAAUUAUGAACCUGGAAAAAAAAA